CCAACCCUAAAUCUCUAAGGUAUCUAAAUUUGUAGUACCUAAGCAAAUCCUAAAGUUAAAACAAAGAAUCCCUAAAGAAGAAGAAGAAGAUAAGAAGAAAUGGCAUAGACAAAGAACAACCCAUGUUCAUUUUCUCUCUCUCAUUGAAACUCCAAAAAAAAAACUCAUAAAAAUCAUUUUUCCUUUCUUUGUGUCUAGCUAGGGUUUGCAUUUCUUUCACAAUUUUGGUUGACUCAUUAGGAGAGAAAAGAGGGUGUCAUAGUUAGCCAAGAGAAGAAAUAAUAAUAAAAAAGUAAAGAUCAGGAUGGGUAGAGGAAGAGUGGAGCUGAAGAGGAUAGAGAACAAGAUAAACAGGCAAGUCACUUUUGCAAAGAGGAGAAAUGGAUUGCUCAAAAAAGCUUAUGAAUUAUCUGUGCUUUGUGAUGCUGAGGUUGCUCUCCUCGUUUUCUCUAAUCGUGGAAAGCUAUAUGAAUUCUGCAGCACAAACAAUAUGCUCAAAACCCUUGAGAGGUACCAAAAAUGCAGCUAUGGAACAUUGGAAGUUAAUCGAUCAAUCAAAGAUAAUGAGCAAAGCAGCUACAGGGAAUACUUGAAACUCAAAGCUAAGUAUGAGUCACUGCAGCGAUAUCAAAGACACCUUCUUGGAGAUGAGUUGGGGCCUCUGACUAUAGAUGAUCUUGAGCAUCUUGAGGUCCAACUUGAUACUUCCCUCAAACACAUUAGGUCCACCAGGACACAAAUGAUGCUUGACCAGCUUUCUGAUCUUCAAACUAAGGAGAAAUUGUGGAAUGAGGCUAACAAGGUUCUUGAAAGAAAGAUGGAAGAGAUAUAUGCUGAAAACAACCUGCAACAAACAUGGGGUGGUGCUGAGCAAAGUCUCACUUAUGGUCAGCAGCAACAUGCUCAAUCUCAGGGUUUCUUCCAACCUCUAGAGUGCAACUCUUCCUUGCAAAUUGGGUACGAUCCAAUAACAACUUCAAGCCAAAUAACAGCAGUAACAAAUGCCCAAAACGUGACUGGUAUGAUACCUGGCUGGAUGCUGUGAAUUAAUGUCCCUCAAACACUCCUACUCUGACUUAUCUUCAGCUUUGCAUAAAAGCAUAUUCUAUAAUAAAAAGGAAAACUUCAGUACUUUUUCUAAUUUUGAGCAUAGUUUUAUUGAUAAAUACUAAGGUGAACCAUUUUCUUUGCAUAAAAACAACCUGUUUGCUUGGAAAUGUAUUCAUAUCAUAAGGUGGAUGGAUGGAUGUUGCUGAAGGAUGAUUGUUAUUAGUAUCUUUUUCUGUGAAUUCAGUUUC